GAUGAUUUGAAAAUGAGUCUUAAUGAGGAAGUAGUUAGUCAAAGUCGUAUUUACCCACUUUAUCCGUUUUAUAACAAAUGAGCGCUUUAAGAAAAUCGUUUUGUCGCAGUUAUGCGUGACCAUCAGAAAACGACGCUAGACGACCGUGAUACGCAUCAGCAAUAAGGAAAAAAAUUCUGUUCCGAAAUGGACCACAUAGAAAAAAGGAAACGGAAGAAGAAUCCGAGGGAAACUGCAAACAUAAUAUCCUUGUUUACUUUUGGUUACACGUUAGGGCUAUUCAGAAAAGGCCUCAAAAAAGAUCUUGAGGAGGACAAUCUAUACGAAGUACUGAACGACUGCAGAUCAAAACAAUGUGGAGAUAAAGCCGAACGAAGGUGGAAUAAGAAGCAGAAUAUCCUAAUGCUUUUAUUUAAGAACUUUGGAUGGCAAUAUAUUUCCAUUUGUAUAGCAGACGUUGCUUGUACGCAGAUAUACAGUAUCGUUCACCCAUAUGGUCUCAGCCGCCUUAUUUCAUAUUUCGAGCCAAACCAAACAAAAAUUACCAAAUCUGAUGCCUAUUACUGUGCUGGAAUAGUUGUUUUCCUGAACUUAUGCAGGUCAAUGUUUUGGCAGAACAUGCAUGUCUUCGAAAUCACUUUAGGUAUCAAGAUCCGCGCCUCCUUGAAGUCGCUGCUCUACAGAAAGUCAUUGCGCCUGUCUCCAGCCGCUCAAUCGGUCACCAAUCUUGGUAACAUCGUCACAUUGCUCACCAAGGAUAUCUACUCAAUUGAAAACAAUCUAUGGCUGAUCAUGGACUUCAAUACGUUCAUCUUGCAAUCGGUGACAGUAUCCUACCUUUUGUGGAGACGAAUGGGCAACUGCGCUUUUAUUGGUCUGGGGUUGAUCUUCGGUGCUAUGCCCAUACAAAUAUAUCUCAGCACCUUGAUAACAAAAAUGCGACUAAAGGUUGGCAAGUAUUCAGACGCUCGACUUCACGUGAUGCAAGAAACUUUGUCGGCCAUUAAGAUAAUAAAAAUGUACACCUGGGAGCUAUUCUUCAUCAACAGAAUCUCGGAAUCACGAAAGUAUGUAUGUAUUUUUUCCUUAUCCUGCAAAACAACCAAAACUCAUAAUCAUAACUAAUGCCACACUUUCAGGAAGGAGGUCAUAUCCAUGAUGAGAAUAUUUUAUGUCGACUAUGUUCUAGUGACCAUAGGAGUAAUCACCUCCAAGAUAACAUUCCUGAUCCUCAUUCUAUCCUACAUCUGGAUGGGUAACACCACAAGUACCGAGAUGAUUUUCUAUGUACUAAGCCUGUUUCAGCAAUUGACGACAGCUCUUGGCAUCAUGUUGCCUAUCAGUAUGGGAAAGCUAGCAAUGUUCAGAGCUGCUUUCAUCAGGUUGAAUAAGAUGCUCCAAGCUGAGGAGCUAGAGAAAUUUGAUGAUGAGAAGUGUACAGGAAAUGCACAAAUAGAAGCAAAAGCAGCUACUGUUAAAAUCGAAGGCAAAGAAGUACUUAAAGACAUAACUUUCGAAAUGAAUCCUGGGUUAACGAUUAUAAGUGGGCUAGUUGGAGCAGGUAAAAGCUCCUUGUUGAAACUAAUAUUGAGGGACUAUCCAAUGACAAACGGUAAAUUGAAUGUGAUUGGUAGAAUGUCGUAUGCUUCACAAGAACCAUGGUUGUUUCCCUCAUCUAUCAAACAAAAUAUUCUGUUCGGUGAGGAAUAUGAUAAAGCUAGAUACAAGCAAGUUUUGAAAGUGAGUGCUCUAGAAUACGAUCUGUCCUUGUUGGAUAAUGGAGAUGAAACUAUUGUGGCAGAUCGUGGUCAGAACUUGAGCAAAGGUCAACAAUCUAGAAUCAACUUAGCGCGAGCUGUUUACAGAAAGGCUGAUAUUUAUUUAUUUGAUGAUUCUCUAACAGCCUUGGAUAGGCAUGUCCAAGAGUAUAUUUUUAACGAAUGCAUUCAAAAGUUUCUAAAAGACAAACUUGUUGUUUUGGUUUCACAAAAUAGCAAGCAAAUUGAUAGAUCAGACUACGUUAUUAUGAUGGAUCAAGGAACGAUACUUAGCUCUGGAAAGCCAGAUGAAAUAGACAAAAGGAAGUUGAAUGGCAUAAAAUCGAUAAUUAAGGAGAAUGUUAUUGAUGACGUACUUGAAGAGGAAGUACUUCAAACAGAACAACAGUUUACUAAGAAGAAAGUUUACCAAGAAAAAAAGAAAGAAGGCAAAGUUGAUUUGGUGGUUUACAAAAAAUACAUACAGUAUGGAGGUGGAUUUAUCGUGUUUAGUCUUGUCAUACUUCUAUAUAUUUUGGCACAAUCGUUUGAGAGUGUCUCCGAUAAACUUUUAUCCAAAUGGAUAGAUCUACAGCAGAAGGUUCUAGACAUGCAGGCAAAUUCUACAAUCAAUGCCACCGUUUAUGAAGAUACUGUAACACUGAAAGACAACACAUUUGGCAUGUAUACGAUACUUACAAUUCUUAAAUCAGCAAUGGGCUUGGUGAAAUACUAUGCAUUCCUAAGAUUCUGUAGAAACGCUUCAAUCAGAAUUCACAAUGCAAUGUCUUCCUGUGUCGUCAAUGCGGAAAUGAAGUUCUUUGACAACCACUUCAUUGGGAAUAUUCUCAACAGAUUUUCGUAUGAUUUGAAUAAUAUAGAUGAGAGCUUGCCGUUUAUUUUUCCCAUGGUGAUGGGUGUCAUGAUCGCUUGCAUGGGAGGUAUUAUAUUGAUAGCCACAGUGAAUUGGCUUCUUCUACUACCAUGUAGUGUCUUUUUAGCAAUUCUAGUGUUGAUGAGAACGGCCUACAUACCAACUUCGCGAAGCCUUAAAAGGCUUGAAGCUGCUAAUACAUCGUAUUUUAGCAAGAAGUCCACUGGUUGGGCAUAUCAACUCCUCCAUGGAAGGCAUAACAACAGUAAGGGCUUUCAAGGCUCAACAGAUCCUAAAAAACGAAUUCGACAAGCAUCAAGAUUUGUAUACUUCAGCAUUAUUCACGCUUAAAGUCACAAUGACGGCUUUUGGAUUUUUCAUGGACUUCGUGAGCCUCAUCUUCACUAUACUGAUCAUUUCUAGGUUUCUCUUUUUUGAUCACGGGAUUUCUGCUGGCAGCGUAGGGCUUGUGCUCACUCAGGUUUUUAUGUUGACGGAUCAUCUUCAGUGGGCAAUUCGGCAGUGGGCACAACUUGAAAAUCACAUGACUUCCGUGGAAAGAGCUUUGGAAUAUACGGAUAUAACACAAGAGGACAAAUCAGGGCGUGAACCAAAGAAUUGGCCAACAGAUGGAGCAGUUACUUAUAACAACGUGUCUCUGCACUACGAAAACACUAAAGCUCCGGUAAUAAGGAACGUUACGUUCCAAGUGAAACCAAAGGAAAAGAUAGGAAUUGUUGGAAGAACAGGAGCUGGCAAAUCGUCCGUUAUAUCAACUUUGUUUAGAUUGUACGACUGUGAAGGAAAGAUAGAAAUUGAUCGUGUGGAUAUUAAAGAUGUUUCUCUAAAAUACCUGAGGAACAAAAUAGCUAUUAUUCCUCAGGAUCCAAUCCUCUUCUCAGGAACGAUACGAGAAAACAUAGACCCAUCCAAGACUUUCGCCGACAACAAAAUCUGGGAAACGAUUUCAAAAGUGAAAAUCAAAGACAUUAUUUCAAGCCUAGACAUGACCAUCCAAGAUAACGGAUCAAACUUCAGCUCAGGGCAGAAACAGCUUAUUUGCUUGGCUAGAGCUGUGAUAGGGAAUUGCAAAAUAGUUGUUUUGGAUGAGGCAACUGCAAAUAUGGACCCUGUCACUGACAAAAUGUUACAUGCAGUGAUAGACGAAGUGUUUUCGGAUUGUACCAUACUGACGAUAGCCCAUCGGCUACAGUACAUAUUGGACUGCGAUAAAGUUAUUGUGAUGGAUAAUGGUGAAUUGGUGGAAUGUAAUAGCCCGAAAGAGUUGUUGCAGGAUCAGUCUUCACUUUUUUAUAAAAUGUGCAAGCAGUCGAAGAAGGAUUAAGAAAUUAUAAUUUGUUUGUUUUAAUCUAUUCAAUAUAUUUUUUACAAGAAAACUUUUCACCGUUGGAUUAGGAUCUCUAGAGGUACGGCACAACUGCCUAAUAUCGCAAUCUCUCAAAACCUGUCAGUUUUUUUGGACCAUUUUCAUGUAAGUUUGUUUUGAUAGCGAUUGUUUUAUCUAUUUGCUUCAUCCUUAAGAAUGUCAAUGGCA